UUGGGCUCUCCAUUUUGUGGUCUAAUUUUCGGACUUUGCCAGCGUCUAUCAGAGCCACGCGAGUGUCCUGGCCUGCCAGCGUUUUCGCCUACGAGGCGGUUUAGCCCGGGUUUGCAAAUCGAUCGAAGACAGCGCAAAACGACUUGCCAAAUUUGUAUGGCCAUUUGUCAACGCAUGCAGACACUUGAGCAGGGAUCAGAGUCUGCUCGUUCUAGGGCUGGUUCGCCCUCCCUCUCUCUCCCUCUCUUGGUCUCUCUCGCUCUCUCUGCACAGCCUGGCCUAGAGUGUAUUUUGAUCUCAAACGCCUUCAGCCAAUCCGAGCCUUCCUACGGCCUCCGGCCGAUGGAAAGGCAUAUAAUACGCGGCAGAUGCCUCGUUCGUGUAACGGUGCUCAGGUCUAUACGGCCUAAUCCUCCACCGACCAUGCCUCUUCCAUUCAGCCUUGCCGUGCCGCCGUAA